AUGUCAUCAGAAUCCUUGCCUGUUAUUAAGCUGGUACCAUCUCCCUUAGGUACUCCGGAGUUCGAGGCCACACGCCGAACGCUCAUCGAGGAGUUUUCAGCCAAGGUGCCGCAAGAAUACCACAUUUCAUCAAUUAUUGACCCGCCGCCUCAGAAUGUCAUCCAUGUCCCGCGAGAAUCAGGCAUCCUAUCUGAAGAUGAAAUCGACAUCACGGAAAAGUUCGACGCCUUCGGUUUAGCUGCCGCUAUUGCAGAGAAGAGAUUCACUGCUGUUGCGGUUGCUACAGCAUUCGCUAAGAGAGCCAUCAUUGCCCACCAACUCACAUGUUGUCUGACGGAAUGGUUCAUGGACGAAGCCAUUGACCAGGCCAAGGUCCUUGACGAACAUUUUGCGAAGACAGGGCAGACGGUCGGCCCCUUGCACGGCGUACCGAUCAGCGUCAAGGAGAUGAUCCCUAUAGCUGGCCAUUAUUCGUCUUUGGGCUUUCUGGUCACUCGCCACAGAGAUGACACAGACAGCCAAAUGAUAGCUAUUUUGCGCAAAGCUGGUGCAGUAUUCUACUGCAAGACGGCUCAGCCUCAAGGUGUCAUGCACUUGGAGACCGUCUCCCUCUAUGGCCGUGUACUCAACCCGUUCAACCUCAACCUAACAGCUGGCGGGUCAACCGGAGGUGCAGCUGCGCUCCUGGCCCUGCGUGGCUCUGUUCUCAGCAUCGGCACAGACAUUGGCGGUAGUAUCAGGGCACCGGCAAGCUUUUGCGGCCUCUACGGCUUCAAACCUACAUCGUAUACACUCCCGAUGAAGAAUUUUGCCGGACCUGGCGGGUUUUCCGCCGAGCUCAACAUUCUCGGAUCGACUGGACCUCUUGGUGUUUCUUUGAGAGACAUGGACUUUUUUGUGUCCGUUUUGAAGGCAGCUGAACCGCAUCUGGAGGACCCGCGCCUUAUUCCGAUCCCUUGGAGAGGUCUGAACAUACAACGAACGAAAGCACCACUAAAAGUCGGCUUCAUGAUGAACGAUGGGGUCAUUGUACCUCAGCCGCCGGUGACUAGGGCUCUCAACUGGGCCCGCGAUAGAUUGAGCAACUUCUCAACCUUUGAAGUCAAAAAUGUUGCGCCGUACCGCGCCGAAGAGGCGCUUCGUAACAUUCAAUUGGCAUUCUUCCCCGACGGAGGCAAACAAGCCAAGGAAGCUUUGGCAACGACUGGGGAACCCAUGCUCCCACUCACCAAAUCCAUCAUCAAAGACGCCGAAACAAUUGGGCAAGAUCUGGAUGCAGCGGGCGUUCUGCGCCAACGAGUCGCUCGAGACAACUUCAGAUGCGAUUUCGCAGCUCACUGGAACAAGCUAGACGUUGACGUAGUCAUUUGUCCUGCUUAUGUUGGUCCUGCAUGCGUGCAUGAGACCGGCUUUUUCUGGAAUUACACUGCUUUGUGGAACUAUGUCGACUACCCAGGCAUCGUCGUCCCCACACCGAUCAAGGCUCUGAGAAGAGGGACUGAGAGCUACGCUACUGCUGAUGCGGUGCCACUGAGUGAUCGAGACAAGCUGGUCAGGAAGUUGUGGGCCGAAGGCGAUUUCGAGGGUGCCCCAAUAGGCAUCCAGAUAGUGGCGCGAAAGUACCAUGACAAUGACCUCUUCGCGGCCUUACGAGCGAUGGAAGUUCCUUUAGGACUUCAGUGA